AUGCUAAGUUCUCCUGAGCUAGAACACAAUGAGUAUCUUUCACAUGUCGAGGAGGUUGCUGGCACCAAUCCCAAAAUCCUUUGGAGUUUUUUUCAAGAAUUUACAGAGACAGAGCCCUGUGUCCUCCACUCUGAAGUUGGAUCAUCGUGUUACUUCAGACCCAAACGUAUAUGUGUGAAAUUUUUCUCAUCAUUCUUCUCUCCUAGAAUGCCUCCAGUGUUUGCCACUCCUACUGAUCCAUUGUCCCUGCUGGAAGGACCUAAUAAUCAUAGUAUAUCUUCUUGCCAAAUCACAGCCAAAGAAGUCCAACAAGUCCUCAGUUGCCUGGAUCCUAACAAAGACUGUGGACCGGACAAUAUUCCACCGAGCAUGUUAAAGCACAGUAGAUUUCUCAUUUCUGAGCCAUUGGCCAUACUCAUUAACAUGUCAUUAUGUACUGGAACCUUUCCAGAUGCACUUAAACUGGAUCACGUGGUGCCAAUUUACAAAUGUGGUUCAAAGGAAGAUGUGUAA